CGGUCAUCUGUCAAAUGAAAGUUUUGUAAACAAAAGGGGAAAAAAUUUGCAUUCCUAUCGGGUGAAAGUUUUCUUUAAGAAUUUAUCAGGAAACUGGCCACUUUUAAACUGUUUACCGUGGUUCAUUUGUUGCCUGCAAUGGAGUGAAUCUUUCUCUUGUUGCGUAGGUUGUCGAAAAUACGAUUAUCGAACAGAGUUUCCGGUACACUGCACUUUUUGAUACACUCGGACAGAAAUAGCCUUGUGAGAAUGGUCAUCCGCAUGGUGGAUGUGGCCAAGUUGCUUGCGACCGGAACUCGCCAGAACUUGCGGUUCCCUUUUCUUUCGAUUUGUCACCGAGGAAAUUUCGAUCAGAUAAAAGCAUCAUCUACCCGGCAACUUUCGAGUUCAACUAAUCCGAGGGAGGUUUUCAAUAAAAUAAAAUCAUCCAAAACCUGCCUGAGUACUAAUGCUAGCAAUGGUCAGCAUCAUCCAAUCAGUAUUUCUCGAAAGUCGUUUAGCUCACAGAAAACUACUAAACCAACGGAAACCACGAAUGAAAAUGAAACUGCUAAGCAGCAGACAAAAAAUGACAAGAGCCAAGAAACCACCCUAGCAAUCGAAACCAAAAAUGGCACCCUAUUAGUUAAAACAACUACCAAUGCCGACUCGCAGCUAGAGGAUGUAAUCAUUGAAAAACCAAACAAAGCUGCCAAUAGCUCAGAUCCUCAAGAAUCUCGUCCGCCCAUUCCACUGCCUGAAGAAGAAAGCCGACAAACCCCCGAAGAACCGAGCAUCAAAGAGCAGCUGGCAGAGAAAAAUCGACAGCUGGCCAAAAAACGAAUUCGGGUGGAUUUUUCUCGCUCCUCGCUAGAGCGCAACUUUAUUACUCCGGUGCGGGCCAUGUCCGACUUCCUGCUGAAGCCGUCCGAUUUGGAUGCACUCUCAAAAACAAAACGGCGAUCCCCGUACGAACAAGAACCGCCGAUAACCGUGUUUUGGCGUAAGGAUGUCGAGGCCAAGUCGAUCGAGGUGUGGGGUUCAAGGGAAAAUUUGCUGAAGGAAUGCCUGAAGCGGGAAAUCGAGAAAAAGCGACAUCAGCAAAAUAUUUUUACUGUCAAGAGAAGAUUACGGGACUAUCGAAGAGAAAUUGGAAGCCGGACCAAUGUUGUAGAUUCCGAACCGGGAUUGUUUGGAAAGUCCGGCAAGGUGGUGUUGACGGCCAUUGCUAUCAAUGCCACCAACUGCCUGUUCAAGCUGGGCGCAUGGCUGUACACCGGAUCCCACAGCAUGUUUGCUGAAACCAUUCACUCGCUAGCCGACACGAUCAACCAGCUUAUAUUGGCCUACGGUAUCCACAAGAGUACCCAGAUCGCAGAUUCCGAUCAUCCUUAUGGCUAUACGAACAUGAAAUACGUCUCGUCGUUGAUAUCCGGGGUUGGUAUCUUCUGCGUAGGCACUGGACUCUCGUUUUACCAUGGAAUCAUGGGUCUGGUAGAUCCUCACCCGAUCGAUGACUUCUUUUGGGCUUUCUUCAUUCUGGGAGGAUCGUUGGUUUCCGAAGGAGCAACCCUAGUGGUGGCCAUCAAUAGCUGCCGGGAUGGUGCCAAGGCUCUGGGGAUGACCUUUAAGGAUUAUGUUACCAGAGGACAGGACCCUUGCGUGAACGUGGUGCUAACGGAAGAUGCAGCUGCCGUUGUGAGCGUCGUUUUGGCGGCCACUUGUAUGGGAUUGUCCACUUAUACCGGUUCUCAUAUUCCGGAUGCCGUUGGAUCGCUUCUGGUGGGCUGUAUGUUGGGUGGGGUUGCUUCCUUCAUUAUCUACACCAAUGUGGCCGCUCUGGUUGGUCGAUCUAUUCCGCAGGAAAAUCUGGACCGGAUCAAUGCCGAAUUGGAGAGUGACAUUAUGAUUAGGGCUAUCCAUGAUGUCAAAGGAAUCGACAUGGGAAAUUCGUUGGUGCGCUAUAAGGCUGAAAUGGAUUUCGACGGUCGAGAACUAACCAGAGUGUAUCUGGACAAGCAGGAUUUGAACACUUUGCUCGAGGAGGUGCGGACUUUCCAGACCAUUGAUGAGCUGGAAGCUUUCCUUCUCAAGCACGGUGAAAAUAUCGUGGAUUUGAUGGGUGGCGAAAUCGAUCGAAUCGAAAUGAAGCUAAGGAAAAAGUUCCCCGAAAUUCGGCACUGUGAUCUGGAGAUUUUGUAAGUCUUGUGUACUAGUCUGUAAGUGUUUCAGGAAAACUAAAAUCAAACCGAAAGUGAGUAUGGUAUUCGAUGCUGGAAAGGUACGAAGUGUUCUCUAAUCAACUCUACAUCUAAGCUAAACAGAAAUGAAUGAAUGUUUUUGAAAUGGAGGAAGAAGAAAUAUGCCAAGAUUUUCAUCAAAAGAGCUUUUUCCAAAUGGUGAUUCCAGAUGUUUUAAGGUACUUAAAAGUGAAUGAUAAUAAAAGAUUUGAAUCUGAUCGAAGGUUAUCGAUUUAACACGUUUAUUUAGAAUAAAUCAGGGUGAUUUCUGAUGGCUUCCGCAGCAAAAAAUGUGUAAACCACAUUUUUGCUAUAAUGAUUUAUAGGUUUCCUAUUUUUCAAAGCCUGGCACAGAUCGAUUAACAAAAAAAAAGUACAAAAUCAUAACCGAUCCAGAAAAUUAUCAUCACAAAUUUUCAAUCACAGCAGUGACCCAAAAGUUUAAGAGGAAAACUUCAAACAGACUUGUUACAUUGAUAAUCUUCGAAUAUAUUCAUCAAAGAAGUAUCAAAUUAUAAAAUUCAUCGAUGGAAAACCAAAACUAAACCAAUAAAUAUACCACACUAUCCAAUGUUUGUGUACUAGUGUUGUGUGCGGAUGUGUGAGGCUUAGAGCACGCACUCUGCAGCUAAAGCUUAGUUCUUUUAGAAAUGGGACAGUUACAAAUGCGUGUAUCUCAAAAACCAUUCGUUUGAACGAAAUACUUUCUAUGAAGAAAAUGAAGGUAAUUUUAUGAUAUUUCAUGAAAAAAUUUGAAAAAAAAUAUUUACCGUUUUUUGUUUAAAAAAUUUCUACUUUAUUCUUGGUAUCUCCCAUUGGCCGGCGCACACUUUUUUCAGUCAUGGUAUUGAUCAGUUUCUUCAACUUAUACUUCAUAAAAUCUAUAUUUUAGGUGGCUUCACCCUCUUUCUUCAAUUUCUGAUACUUUUCGGUCCAAUACUUCUCUUUGAAAAAAAAAAAACUGGAAGCAUUUUAGUGGAAACAGUUGUUUCGAAAUGAACAAAUUUGAGUAUUUUUGAGCACAUUUUUGAAAGUUUUUUUUCGGUAUCGGUUUUACAGCUUAAGAGAUUUGGAACUAUCAAAAAAUGGUUGUUUGAGGUUGGAUUUCAAUGAGUAAUCGCUAGGCAACACUUUCAGCUUAUCGGAGAAAAUUGUUUUGGACAUUUCAGCGAUCUACCCUUAGUUUUUCGUUUAUUGAAAAAUAAAAAUGCUGGUAUGAGACUUGGCUUCCUUGAUGACCUUUAACCGUAGUUGCCGAUCAUGUGCUUCACUCCAAUGCUUGAUUUGAACUUUCGGGACAUUAUUGACAGUGUUUGCAUAUUUAUUCACCACAAAAACUCAGUAAUUCUUUGAAUAAUCAACGGUUUUGUCAGCUAUCAAUUUGAUAAUGACGAAUUUUCAAGGAAACUGUGCAAAAUUAUUUUUUUCUUUUUCUCUUGCAUCGUACAUAUCUCAAAAACGCGUAAAUUUUAAAUUUUGAAAAAAAUAGGUCGAAUAGUACUUUUUAUAGGCAACAAAAUGCUGUCAAAAUUUUUAAUAUCCAAUAUCUAGUUAACGAGCUAUUAGCAAAUGAAAGUGUCCCAUUUCUAAAAGAACUAAGCUUUAUUCUUCAACUGAAUGUUCAAAUUUUCAACACGUACUGCGCUGUCAUAUAGUCAAAAAUUCCUCUGAAGUGGGAAAAUUUUGCGGAAAAUAGUGAGAUAAACAAUGCUUGCACUUGACGACUAUUUUGCAGUACUAACUAAUAUAGCGAAUAAAUUAUAU